AUGCCAUGCAAAGCAAUCGCGUCAAACAAUGUUGUAAUUGAAAGGCAACUUGAAUCAGCCACGAUCAUAUUUUCCACAGAAUCGAGCAAAAUCGUUGAAAUUAUAAGGGGCCAUGUUGUCGGAGAUAUCAACGAUCCAGUUUUAGCUCAAUUUGAUGUGAUCGAUUACGAGAUUGUAUCGCCGAAGACAAUCUUACCAGGAUUGGUAGAUUCACAUGUACAUCUGAAUGAACCAGGAAGAACGGAAUGGGAAGGGUUUGCAACAGGUACCCAAGCUGCAAUUUGUGGUGGUGUCACAACGGUUGUAGACAUGCCGCUAAAUGCGAUACCCCCAACCACAACUGUGCACAACUUUAUGCUGAAACUGAGAGCAGCGAGGGACCAAUUAUGGUGCGAUGUUGCGUUUUGGGGAGGGUUGGUACCGAGCAACCUAAAUGAUUUAAUACCCUUGGUUAAGUGUGGUGUGCGAGGGUUUAAAGGGUUUCUAGCACCUUCUGGUGUGGAAGAAUUCCCAAUGAUUGAGGAAAAUUAUAUUUCUAAAGCGAUGAAAAUACUAAGAGAUGAAAAUACGAUGAUGUUGUUUCACGCUGAGCUCGAUGACGGAAAGAAGCGCACGAAACACUCUGAUCAUUGUGAUUACGACACUUUCCUCAAAUCUCGGCCCGAUAGCUUUGAGACAAAUGCCAUUGCCCUUGUGGUAAAAUGUGUAGAGGAAAACAUUACCAGCAAGCAAUCGCCGUUGAAAACCCAUAUUGUCCAUCUGGCUACCAAAGACGCACUACCUAUAAUAAAAUGUGCUCAGUCGAAAGGUUUAUCCUUGACAGCAGAAACCUGCUUUCAUUACUUAACCCUUUCUGCUGAACAGAUUCCGCGGAAGGGGACUCAGUUCAAAUGUUGCCCCCCAAUCAGAUCUGAUUCCAACAGGAUGGCUCUCAUAGAAGCUCUUAAAGACGGCAUAAUUUCUUCGGUAGUAAGUGAUCACUCUCCAUGUACACCCAAUUUGAAAAACAUGGAACGGGGUGACUUUUUAAGCGCAUGGGGUGGGAUCGCCUCGGUCGGAUUCAAUCUUCCAAUAAUGUUUACCCUUGGCUUGGAUCAAGGAAUUACUUUGCCAGAGAUUGUAAAGUGGUGUUGCGAGAAUACAGCGAGACAAGUUGGACUGCAUGAUCGGAAGGGGUUUAUCAGAGUAGGGUAUGAUGCGGACUUCGCUAUCUUUGAUCAAGAGGCAGAACAAGAAGUGAAGAAUGAUAAAUUGAGGUUCAAAAAUAAAAUAACACCUUAUAGUGGAUCAAAACUAAAAGGUGUGGUGACAAAAGUUAUACUCCGUGGCAGUACUGUUUUUACCCUUACUUCUGGGUAUUCCAAAAUCCCAACGGGGAGGACUCUUCUAGAACGUAGAUGUGUGUAA